UUCAGUCGGGGGGGUACAAAUACAACAGAAAAGCAAAGCGCUUUGGAGGAUACAACAAAACGAUGAUGAAGGGGAAUAUUAAUACUAGCUUCUUUCUCGCUGCGUUGCUGAGCCUUUUGCUGGUGAUCUGUGAAUUGGGGCACUGCUCCGGUGAAGAACCCGUCAUAAAGAUGAAGCUUGGAGGGGUUCACGACUGUAAGGGCUCUCAGAACAGCGCCGAGAUCGACAACCUCGCACGCUUCGCUGUCCAAGAACAUAACAAUAAAGAGAAUACCAUCCUUGAGUUUACCAGGGUUUUGAAAGCCAAAGAACAGGUGGUUGCUGGUAAGUUAUACCAUCUUACUCUGGAAGCGAUUGAUGCUGGUAAGAAGAAAAUAUACGAAGCUAAAGUCUGGGUGAAGCCAUGGAUGAACUUCAAGCAGUUGCAGGAAUUUAAGUAUGCCCCUGAUGUCCCUUCCUUUACCCCAUCAGACCUGGGUGCUAAACCUGAUGGCCAUGAGCCAGGAUGGCAGGCAGUGCCAACUCAUGAUCCUGGGGUUCAAGAUGCAGCAAAUCAUGCUGUUAAGUCCAUCCAGCAGAGGUCCAACUCGUUGUACCCCUAUGAGCUUCUAGAGAUCCUUCUAGCUAAGGCCAAGGUCAUUAAAGAUUAUGCCAAAUUCGAUUUGCUCCUGAAGCUGAGAAGGGGAAUUAAAGAAGAGAAGUUCAGGGUUGAAGUCAAUAUGAAUAUUGAAGGAAAGUUCUUUCUGGGUCAGUUUGAACAAGAUCACUCCUGAAUUCAGCAUCCAUCUUAUGUGUUAAAUAAAAUGUGGAAUUAUGCUGCUAUAAAAUGCUUUGGGAACUUAGCCUAUGAUGUGUAUAUGUGUGAAAUGUAGUCCUUUCUGACUUUUUUUUGUUUUUGUUUUUGGAGGACCUUUCUGACCUUUUAAUCUACAUAGAUAUGGUUUUAUU